CCCGGGUCACGUGGCGCGGCCGCGGGGAAGCAGAAGUAGCGCGGGCGGCGCCGGGCGCGCGCGGAGCCGGAGCGAAGCCGCAGGCCGAGCCCGGAGGGGGCGCUGCGCGGGGACCCGAGCCCGACCUCGGCGCGGCCAGCCUCCUGUUCAUUUUUCCUGCCUCCCUCUUCUUCCUCCUCCUCGGGGCAGCCGACAAUGACCGCCAUGGUCAACGUGGAUGCCCUUCCGGAAUACGAGAAGAGUCAGAUCAAGCGGGCCCUGGAGCUGGGGACGGUCAUGACAGUGUUCAGCUUCCGCAAGUACACGCCCGAGCGCAGGACCGUCCAGGUGAUCAUGGAGACGCGGCAGGUGGCGUGGAGCAAGACCGCGGACAAGAUCGAGGGUUUCUUGGAUAUCAUGGAAAUCAAGGAAAUUCGCCCAGGGAAGAACUCUAAGGACUUCGAGCGCGCAAAAGUGGUCCGCCAGAAGGAAGACUGCUGCUUCACCAUCUUUUACGGCACCCAUUUCGUCCUCAGCACACUCAGUUUGGCAACAGUAGCAUCGUCUCCCUCCCCUUUCCCGGCCUCCCCUGGCCCAGGGAAUGCAGAGGGCCUCUCAGGAUUGCUGUGCCAGUGCUCUCAGGGGCUCCCUGGUGAGCCACCUCCUAACAGCACUCCCAGCCUUGAAGGCACCCACAGACUCGGCAGCGAUGAGAGCAGCAGCCCCAUGGCCAGCCACCUGACAUGUGGACUUUGGGAGCCAUCUGACUCCAGAGAGGAUGCAGUUAGGUGGCUCUCUGGCCUGAAAAUCUUGCACCAAGAAGCGAUGAGUGCGUCCACGCCCACCAUCAUUGAGAGUUGGCUGAGAAAGCAGAUUUAUUCUGUAGAUCAAACCAGGAGGAACAGCAUCAGCCUCCGAGAGCUGAAGGCCAUCUUACCCCUGGUCAACUUCAAAGUGAGCAGUGCGAAGUUCCUCAAAGAUAAGUUCACGGAAAUUGGUGCACACAAAGAUGAGCUCAGCUUUGAACAGUUUCAUCUCUUCUAUAAAAAACUUAUGUUUGAGCAGCAAAAACUGAUUCUUGACGAAUUUAAGAAGGAUUCCUCUGUGUUCAUCCUGGGGAACACUGACCGGCCCGAUGGCUCUGCAGUCUACCUGCAGGACUUCCAGAGGUUUCUCAUUCAUGAGCAGCAGGAGCUUUGGGCUCAGGAUCUAAACAAAGUCCGGGAGCGGAUGACAAAGUUUAUUGACGACACCAUGAGGGAGACGGCUGAACCCUUCUUGUUUGUAGAUGAGUUCCUCACGUACCUGUUUUCCCGAGAAAACAGCAUCUGGGACGCAAAGCACGACGUGGUCGACAUGCAGGACAUGAACAACCCCCUGUCCCACUACUGGAUCUCCUCGUCCCACAACACGUACCUCACAGGUGACCAGCUGCGCAGCGAGUCGUCCCCAGAAGCGUAUGUGCGCUGCCUGCGUAUGGGCUGCCGCUGCAUUGAGCUGGACUGCUGGGAUGGGCCCGACGGGAAGCCCAUCAUCUACCACGGCUGGACACGGACCACCAAGAUCAAGUUUGAUGAUGUCGUGCAGGCCAUCAGAGACCACGCCUUUGUCACCUCGAGCUUCCCCGUGAUCCUGUCCAUCGAGGAGCACUGCAGCGUGGAGCAGCAGCGGCACAUGGCCAGGGUGUUCAAGGAGGUGCUUGGCGACCUAUUGCUGACCAAGCCCACGGAGGCCAGCGCUGACCAGCUGCCUUCCCCUAGCCAGCUUCGGGAGAAGAUCAUCAUCAAGCAUAAGAAGCUGGGCCCCCGAGGCGACGUGGAUGUGAACAUGGAGGACAAGAAAGACGAGCACAAGCAGCAGGGUGAACUGUACAUGUGGGACUCCAUCGACCAGAAAUGGACUCGGCACUACUGUGCCAUUGCCGACGCCAAGCUGUCCUUCAGUGACGACAUUGAGCAAGCCAUGGAGGAGGAACUGCCCCAGGACGUCCCACCCACGGAGCUGCAUCUGGGGGAGAAAUGGUUCCACAAGAAGAUGGAGAAGAGGACGAGUGCGGAGAGGCUGCUGCAGGAGUACUGUGCUGAGGCGGGAGCCAAGGAUGGCACCUUCCUGGUGCGGGAGAGCGAGAGCCACCCAGAUGCCUAUACCUUGUCCUUCUGGCGGUCGGGCCGCGUGCAGCACUGCCUGAUCCGCUCCACCGUGGAGAACGGGGCCGUGAAGUACUACCUGACCGACAACCUCAGGUUCGGCAGCAUCUACGACCUCAUCCAGCACUACCGAGAGUCACACCUGCGCUGCGCCGAGUUCGAGCUGCGGCUCACCGACCCGGUGCCCAACCCCAACCCGCACGAGUCCAAGCCGUGGUACUAUGAUGGGCUGAGCCGUGGAGAGGCAGAGGACAUGCUGAUGAGGAUCCCUCGAGAUGGAGCCUUUCUCAUCCGGAAGCGGGAAAAGAAGCAGGAAGGGAUGGAGGACUCCUAUGCCAUCACCUUCAGGGCCAGGGGCAAGGUGAAGCACUGUCGCAUCAACCGGGAUGGCCGCCACUUUGUGCUGGGGACAUCUGCCUACUUUGAGAGCCUAGUGGAGCUUGUCAGUUACUACAAGAAGCACACCCUCUAUCGAAAGAUGCGGCUGCGCUACCCCGUGACCCCUGAGCUCCUGGAGCGCUACAAUAUGGAAAGAGACAUAAACUCCCUGUACGACGUCAGCAGGAUGUAUGUGGAUCCGAGUGAGAUCAACCCUUCUAUGCCUCAGAGAACCGUGAAAGCUCUGUACGACUACAAAGCCAAGCGGAGUGAUGAGCUGAGCUUCUGCCGCGGUGCCCUCAUCCACAACGUGUCCAAGGAGCCGGGGGGUUGGUGGAAAGGAGACUACGGCACCCGGAUCCAGCAAUACUUCCCAUCCAACUACGUGGAGGACAUCUCCGUGGCAGAGGGGGAGGAGUUGGAGAGGCAGAUUAUCGAAGAUAAUCCCUUGGGGUCCCUUUGCCGAGGAAUCUUGGACCUCAACACCUACAAUGUAGUGAAAGCCCCACAGGGGAAAAACCAGAAGCCUUUUGUGUUCAUCCUGGAGCCCAAGAAGCAGGGUGAUCCUGCAGUGGAGUUUGCCACCGACAAGGUGGAGGAGCUCUUUGAGUGGUUUCACAGCAUCCGGGACAUCACUUGGAAGAUCGACACCAAGGAGAACAACAUGAAGUACUGGGAGAAGAACCAGUCAAUUGCCAUCGAGCUCUCAGACCUGGUCAUCUACUGCAAACCAACCAGCAAAACCAAGGACAAUUUAGAAAACCCCGACUUCCGAGAAAUCCGCUCCUUCGUGGAGACAAAGGCUGACAGUAUCGUCAGACAGAAGCCCGAGGAUCUCUUGAGAUAUAAUCAGAAGGGCCUGACCCGCGUCUAUCCAAAGGGACAGAGGGUUGACUCUUCAAACUAUGAUCCCUUUCGUCUGUGGCUGUGUGGUUCCCAGAUGGUGGCACUCAAUUUCCAGACCGCAGACAAGUACAUGCAGAUGAAUCAUGCGUUGUUUUCCCUCAAUGGGCGGACGGGCUAUGUCCUGCAACCGGAGAUCAUGCGGACGGGGAAGUAUGACCCAAUGCCGCUAGAGUCACAGCGGAAGAUUCAGAUGACUCUCACCAUCAAGGUCCUUGGUGCUCGCCACCUACCCAAGCCUGGACGAAGUAUUGCCUGUCCCUUUGUAGAGGUGGAAAUCUGUGGGGCAGAGUACGACAACAACAAGUUCAAGACAACAGUCGUGAAUGACAAUGGCCUCAGUCCUCUCUGGGCUCCUACACAGGAGAAGGUGACAUUUGAAAUUUAUGACCCAAGCCUUGCCUUUCUACGCUUUGUGGUUUAUGAAGAAGACAUGUUCAGCGAUCCUAACUUCCUGGCUCACGCCACAUACCCCAUCAAAGGGAUCAAGUCAGGGUUUCGAUCUGUUCCUCUGAAGAAUGGGUACAGUGAGGACAUUGAGCUGGCUUCCCUCCUGGUUUUCUGUGAGAUGCGGCCAGUCCUGGAGUGCGAGGAGGAGCUCUAUUCUUCCUGUCGGCAGCUGCGGAGGCGGCAAGAGGAGCUGAACAACCAGCUGUUUCUGUAUGACACACAUCAGAACUUGCGCAAUGCCAACCGGGACGCCCUGGUCAGGGAGUUCAACGUCAAUGAGAACCAGCUGCAGCUGUACCAGGAGAAGUGCAACCGAAGGUUGCGAGAGAAGAGAGUCAGCAACAGCAAGUUCUACUCAUAGAGGCCAGUGUGCAUAUGGAAGGGUGUGGUGGGUGCACGUGGAGGACUGUGCGCCGUCCAGCUCUGGGGAGAGACUCCUGUGUGACACCAUCAUCUCCCUAGGUAUGCCUUCAAGAUGACGUGUGCAGAAGACCCAAAGGGCUCAGGUUGGGUUAACUUCCUGCUAGUUUUUUCACAAUGGACAAUUUCUUAACUUAAAUUCUUUAUAGAGAAUCCAAAAACGAUUUGUCGUUUUGGCCUCUCAUGUUCCAAACCCCACUAAAUAAAAGCAACAGAAAUCUCCACCA